AUGGGUAACCCAGAUCCAAGCAUUUUGACAACCGAAUACGAUGACUUCAAGAGGGUUUUCGACGUUAAUGUGUUUGGUGCAUUCCUGUGCGCCAAACACGCAGCAAGAGUGAUGAUUCCAGCAAAGAAAGGAAGCAUUCUGUUCACCUCAAGUGUUGCUUCAGUGACUUAUGGUGAUGUCGCCCAUGCCUACACAGCCUCAAAACAUNACGCAGCAAGAGUGAUGAUUCCAGCAAAGAAAGGAAGCAUUCUGUUCACCUCAAGUGUUGCUUCAGUGACUUAUGGUGAUGUCGCCCAUGCCUACACAGCCUCAAAACAUGCUGUUGUGGGACUUACCAAGAACUUGUGUGUGGAAAUGGGGGAAGUAUGGGAUAAGAGUGAAUUGUAUUUCUCCUUUUGGAGUAGUAUUUCUUCUUUUGGAGUAGCUACUCCAAUGCUAAUGGAAGGGCUAGGUGGGAUGGAGAAGGGAAAGGUAGUGGAAUUUGUGAGUGAAAUUGCAAACUUGAAAGAGGCGAUUGUCGAGGCGGACGAUGUGGCGGAGGCGGCGGUAUACCUCGGAAGCGAUGAAUCCAAGUACAUGAGUGGGCAAAACCUUGUCAUAGAUGGGGGUUAUAGCCUAACCAAUAUUGCCUUAAGAGAGGGUUUGAAGAAACUGUUUUCUUCUUGA